UCCCACGGGCCGGAGGGGCGGGGCCUCGCGCGCCGCGCUUCCUCCCGCCUCGGCUUCCGCGUAGCUUCCCGGUCGGCUGGGUCCUUAGCUGGAGCCAGAGUGCGGCCGGUGGCGGGCUUGGCGGCGGGGCCGGAUUCCGGGCAGGAGCCUGGCCUCUCAGGUGGCGGGCUCUGUGUCCCUGCGAGAUGGACGGGACAGAAGGCAGUACCGGGCAGCCCGGCCCCGCUGAGCGGUCCCACCGAAGUAGCGUGUCGUCCGUGGGAGCCCGAGCGGCUGACGUGCUGGUAUACCUGGCGGAUGACACGGUGGUGCCCCUGGCUGUGGAGAACCUACCCUCGCUCAGUGCCCAUGAGCUGCACCGCGCCGUCCGCGAGGUCCUGCAGCUCCCGGACAUUGCCCUGGAUGUCUUCGCGCUCUGGCUGGUCUCCCCUCUGCUGGAGGUGCAGCUGAAACCCAAGCACCAGCCCUACAAGCUGGGACGCCAGUGGCCGGAGCUGCUGCUGCGCUUCACCAGCGCCCCGGACGACGACGUGGCCAUGGAUGAGCCUUUCCUGCAGUUCCGAAGGAACGUAUUCUUCCCAAAGCGGCGGGAGCUCCAGAUCCACGAUGAGGAGGUCCUGCGGCUGCUCUAUGAGGAGGCCAAGGGCAACGUGCUGGCCGCGCGGUACCCGUGCGACGUGGAGGACUGCGAGGCUCUGGGCGCCCUGGUGUGCCGCGUCCAGCUCGGGCCCUACCAGCCCGGCCAGCCGGCAGCCUGCACCCUGAGGGAGAAGCUGGACUCCUUCCUCCCUGCCCACCUCUGUAAGCGGGGCCAGGGUCUCUUUGCUGCCCUCCGGGGCCGCGGGACCAGGGCCGGGCCGGGCGAGCAGGGCCUGCUGAACGCCUACCGCCAGGUGCAGGAGGUCGGCAGCGACGGCGGGUGCGAGGCCGCCCUGGGCACCCACUACCGUGCCUACCUCUUCAAGUGCCACGAGCUGCCCUUCUACGGAUGUGCCUUCUUCCACGGCGAGGUUGACAAGCCGGCCCAAGGCUUUUUGCACCGGGGUGGGCGCAAGCCAGUUUCUGUGGCCAUCAGUCUGGAAGGCGUGCACGUCAUCGACAACAGAGAGAAGCACGUCCUGCUGGGCCUGCGCUUCCAGGAGCUGUCGUGGGACCACACCUCCCCGGAGGAGGAGGAGCCCAUCCUGUGGCUGGAGUUCGAUGGAGACAGCGAGGGCACGCCUGUCAACAAGCUCCUCAAGAUCUACUCCAAGCAGGCUGAACUGAUGAGCAGCCUCAUUGAGUACUGCAUUGAACUGAGCCAAGUGGCGGAGCCCGCAGGCCCCCAGGACAGUGCGUCGGGCCCGCCCUCGGACCCCAGCUCCUCACCGGCUCCUGUUCAGCGCCCCAAGCUGCGGAGGCAGGGCAGCGUGGUGUCCAGCCGGAUCCAGCAUCUCUCCACCAUCGACUACGUGGAGGACGGCAAGGGGAUCAGGCGAGUGAAGCCGAAGCGCACCACGUCCUUCUUCAGCCGGCAGCUGUCCUUGGGCCAGGGGAGCUACACCGUGGUGCAACCCAGCGACAGCCUGGAGCAGGGCUGAUGACGCCGCACCCGGCAGGAGGAGGGCAACUGGGGGCCCUGGCCCGGCACUGUCCUCCUGAGGGGCAGGGGCUGGCUGCAGCAGUCUCAUGGGUCAUGCACAUGGGGUGGGCUGCCUCAGCAGAUUUCUCAGACCACAGAGAAGUGACCGGCCCCGGGCUGUGCAAAGCUGGCCAGGGCCUUCCGCGGGGCCCCCUGCAGCCUGCCCGCCCUUCCCCCAGACACUGGGCCCUGCUGCUAUCUCAGGACCAUCUGAUCAAGCUGCAGCUGCCACCUUCACCUAGAAACAUGCCUUUGUGCCCACCUCAAGAUGGGCAGUGUCCCUGUUCCGAAGUACCCGGUGGCAGCUCCAGUGGCAGAGGACCAAGGAUUGAGGUUUGGGACCUGAAGGUCCAGUGUGUGCCUUUGACCUCUUCCCUGAACUUGGAUGACCAGUCCCCACCUUCCUCCUGCUAGUGCUCCACCCCGUACUUGGAUGACCAGUCCCCACCUUCCUCCUGCUAGUGCUCCACCCCGUACUUGGAUGACCAGUCCCCGCCUUCCUCCUGCUAGUGCU